GUAUAUAUAUGUGUAUAUAUUAUAUGUAUAGAUGUAUAAUCUUCUCUUUGAAUGUCCAAUUAUAUAUAUAUGUAUAUAUUUCUUGAAACAUUUUUUAUUAUAAUUUACGUAUAUAUCAGAAUCCAGGACCCCUCCAUAAAUUUAUUAUUAACAGGUUUUUUUUUCCCACCCAUAAAGGAAAAAUGUAUUUGUUAUCUAUACAUGUAUAUAUAAAUAAAUAUAUUUAAAAAAGAUUUAGAGUUAUUGACUAAAAAGAUUUUUU